AUGUUUCUGGAACUAAUAUCAGUUUGGCAUGCUGUCGGCUCCGUUGUAGGAUGCCUGACCAAUCUGUUAUUACUGUACGUUGCAUUGACAAAAACUCCAAAUCAGACAAAAUCCUACGCGAUACUAAUAAUAAAUUUUGCAAUCACUGAUUUCACAGAAUCUCUUAUGGAUUUGUUUGUUCAACUGAGGUUUAUAAUUACUCCAUUUGAUGUGACUCUUAUUUAUAUUUUCAAUGGUCUAUGUCAGUACACAGGAGUGAUGUCUUGCAAAAUUGGGUAA